UCGUCUGGCAAGACUGCGGGCACCGAGUCGUCUGGCAAGACUGCGGGCACCGAGUCGUCUGGCGGAACAGCGGGCAUCGAGUCAACUGGCAGAACAGCGGGCACCGAGUCGUCUGGCAAGACUGCGGGCACCGAGUCAUCUGGCAAGACUGCGGGCACCGAGUCGUCUGGCAAGACUGUGGGCACCGAGUCGUCUGGCAAGACUGCGGGCACCGAGUCACCUGGCGGAACAGCGGGCAUCGAGUCAACUGGCGGAACAGCGGGCACCGAGUCGUCUGGCAAGACUGCGGGCACCGAAUCACCAGGCACGACAGUGGGCUCUGACUCAAUUGGCACGACAGCGGGCACCGGGUCAUCAGGUACCGGAUUGUCUGGCUCGACAGCGGGCAUCGGGUCACCAGGCAUCAGGUCAUUUGGCUUGCCAGCGGGCACCGCGUCAUCUGGCAAGGCAGUGGGCAACGGAUCAGCGGGCAUCGGGUCACCAGGCCUAAUAGGAUCGUCAGGCUGGAUC